CGACUCCGCCCGAUGGGGCAGGUCGGAGGCCUCGCUGGGCAUCCGAUGUGCCGGCGCUGCCUCCUCGCCGGCCGCACUGCAGCACCCAGAUGCAGCAGCAGACAUCGCCGCAGCUGCGAGGGAUGCGGCGGAGCGAGUGUUGCGUCGUCGGCGUGCGGCGUCCUGCUGCUGGCACCUGCUGCCGGCCUCCGCGUCCGCCAGCUGCUCCUCUCCAUUCACCAUCCGCACUCCUUCUCUCUGUCUCGGGUUGAUCCCGGGCGCCGCUCGCUUCCCUGCGCACCACACACUCCUUCACCUCACCCACCAUGCGCUCCCUCCGCACGGCGCCGGCCGCCGUCUCGCUCCUCGUCUCGCUUGCCCUCCUCGCCGCUGCGGUGCUCGCGGCGCCGCUCGAGCCGCGCCUCGCGCACAAGCAUCGCUCGCUGGCGUCCGCGGCCGUGUCGGCGAGCAACGUCAGUGAUGCUGCGAUGCCGGCGGGCAACGUCAGCGACGCUGCGCUGCGGGCCGUGUCGGCGAAGCGCAUCAACGCACGCUUCGGGCGCGACAAGCUCGUGCGCGGCGUCAACCUCGGCGGCUGGUUCCUGCUCGAGGCCUGGGAGACGCCGCACGUCUUCCUCACGUCGGACAUUGAGCGCCAGCAGCUGUCCGACGAGUGGGCAUGGAUGGGCGCCAAGGGCGCGCGCGCCAAGCCCGACCUCGUCGCCCACUACAACUCGUACUACACCGAGCAGGACUUUGCCGAGAUGGCGCAGGCGGGCCUCAAUACCGUGCGCAUUCCCCUGCCCUUCUGGACGUUCGUGCCCACCGUGUCGCCCGAGCCGUACCUGGUGAACCGGCAGCGCGCGGCCCUGCGACGUGCCCUCGGCUGGUCGCUCAAGCACGGCCUCGACGUCGUGCUGGACCUGCACGCGCUGCCCGGCAACAUCAACGGGCAGGACAACGGCGGGCGCCUCGGCCAGCAGGACUGGGCCAAGGACCCCAAGAACCUCGACCGCUCCAUCGCGGCGCUGCAGAACAUGGUUGAGCUCUACGUCAACAACGCCUCCUACGGCGGCGUCGUCAAGGCGAUCCAGGUGGCCAACGAGCCGCGCAUCAACGCGCAGCUCUCGCUGCCCUUCCUCGGCGCCUACCACAAGCGCGCACUCGCCGCCGUGCGCAACGCCGUCUCGCCCACGGCCCUCGUGCGCCCGACGACGAUGUUCAGCGACGCGUUCCAGGACGUGACCAAGUACAACUACAUGUUCCCGCAGGGCGACUUUCCGCCGCAGCAGCUCGUCGUCGACAAGCACUUCUACUUUGUCAAGCAGUGGGACCGCAGCCUGCCGGACAACGACGAGGAGCUGCUGCGCCACGUGUGUGCCAUCGGCCCGCGCCUGCGCAAGGCGCACGCCGUGCGCCCCGUCGUCGUCGGCGAGUUCUCCCUCGGACGCACGACGCGCUGCGUCGACUACCACGACUGCAAGGGCCGCACCAUCGCCCACGACCUGCCGUCGCUCAACUCGAAGAGCAACAACCUCUUCAUGCGCCGCUUUGCCGAGGCGCAGCUCGCCACCUACGAGCAGGCCGGCGGCUGGAUCAUGUGGACGUGGAAAACGGACGCAGCAGCGGCGUGGUCGUACCAGGCUGCACGCAACCAGGGCUGGCUCCCGUCCGACGUCAGCGACCCCACGCAGCGCCUCUACACGCCCGCACCCGGCUCGGCGACCGACCAGCGCUGCGUGUCCGAGCAGCCGUCCCGUGCGCCGCGCUUCGCCAUGCAGAGCUAGCGCCUCUGCCUCUCUGCUCCUUCUCGUGUGCCCUGCGCGCGCACCCCGCACGCCCUCCGCGCCACCUCGCACACCCUCUGCGCCACCCUCAUUCCUGUCGCCCGCAUACAUACAUAUCCAGAAUCCAUCGCAUUCACUUGGC